GGCGCGUGGCGCUUCUGAAUGGGGAAUAAAACUGGCGCGAGAGGCGCAGUUUACUCACAUCUCACGAGCGGAGAUCGCUUCUCAGUUAGAGAAUAGACACCCUAACAGCGAGUUUUCUGGAUUUAACCGAGUUUAUUUAAGCGUGAAACAAUGAGUUUCUUAAAGCUGCGCGGAAGUCGGGUUGUGUGGUGACGCGGGGAGAGUUCAGCUUGACGCGUUUUGGAAAUAUCCUCCAAAACUCAGAGGUUGUUCUGUAACAACUUUCUUCCAAAAAUGGACAAGGCUCACCUUUCAAGCUCCAACGACAUAAUAAUGACAAACUCAACAGGAUCGUAUCAACAAGAGCCUCUCUCCCCUCCCAGGCCAGCCCACAUUCACUCCUCAUCCUCUUCUUUAUCAUCACCCUCUCCCUCCUCUUCCUCCUCACCCCUCAAACCCAACCAGGUCGGUCAGGUCAUCCUGUACGGCGUUCCCAUUGUAUCCCUAGUCAUCGAUAACAACGAGAGGCUUUGUUUGGCACAGAUUUCCAACACACUCCUCAAGAACUACAGCUACAAUGAGAUCCAUAAUCGGCGCGUGGCGCUGGGCAUCACCUGUGUCCAGUGCACUCCUGUUCAGCUGGAGAUCCUCCGCAGGGCCGGCGCCAUGCCCAUCUCCUCACGCCGCUGCGGCAUGAUCACUAAACGUGAAGCCGAGCGCCUGUGCAAGUCUUUCCUGGGAGAGAACGCUCCGCCGAAGCUGCCCGACAACUUUGCCUUUGAUGUAACACACGAGUGUGCUUGGGGUUGCCGUGGCAACUUCAUACCAGCACGCUACAACAGCUCAAGAGCCAAAUGCAUCAAGUGCUCCUUCUGCAACAUGUACUUCUCCCCAAAUAAGUUUAUCUUCCAUUCCCACCGCACACCAGACGCCAAGUACACCCAGCCCGACGCUGCCAACUUCAACUCCUGGAGACGACACCUGAAACUGAGCGACAAGCACCCCCCUGAUGAGCUGAUAUAUGCUUGGGAGGACGUCAAAGCUAUGUUUAACGGAGGCAGUCGAAAACGAGCGCUACCCUCUUCAGCACACUGCUCCUCCAUCAAUUCUAUGAAGAGCCUCUCUGGUUCGGUGGUGCCUCACAUGAUGGGCCCUGACCUGGGUGCUCAGAAACGAGGGCGCUUUGAGGACGAGGACGAUCUGGAGGGAGGCAGUCUUUCUCCCUGCAAAACGCCACGCAGUUACCCCGUCAUCCCAGUCCCAAGCAAAGGCUUCAACAUGUUGCAGAAGUUCCCCACCACAUCUCUCUUCCCUGCCCCGUAUCCCUUCCCGACCUUUGGCCUCUGUCAGCAGAAAAAGGAGGACAGCGAUGUUUCGGCUGUGCAGAAAGGUGCAGGGCUGUCUGGUCUUUUGUGGCCCAGCCGAAAAGAUGCUUUUUAUCCUCCUUUUUGCAUGUUUUGGCCACCGAGAGUAGCCGGGGGGAUUCCUGUCCCUACGUAUCUCCAGCCUCAGCCCAGCACCCUCUCCUCCCUGACAGAAAACCCUUCUCUCAGGCAGGCCUUCCUGGAUCUCUCAGACCCCAGUGAAGCUGGAGCUGUAAGUGGAAACGGUGUCAGCUCAACAAUGCCCCCCAGCAAUGGAGCCACCACACCAAGAUCUGGGAUGUUUGACCCAGAAUGCACAACGCCUACUCCGGAUCUUCGCCCAGUGACAUCAGAAGGAUGGCUCAAACUUUUGGACAACCCGGCUCUUCAAACCAGAAAGCCGAGCUACGGCUCUGCCUUCCGCCCAGUUGUCAAAGAUGCUGAAAGCAUCGCCAAGCUCCACAGCAACAGUGGAGGAGUCGUUGGGGCCACAGAUGAGGACUUUGGAGUUGUGGUCACUGGGUCGGACAGAAACCACCGGCUGUCGCCUACCAGCAACUGCAGUUAUGGCAGUGAAAGUGGAGGUGAUGGGGAGGCAGAGGGAGGAGAGAGUGAAGAAGAGGGGGAAGUUGAUGUGGAGUCCUCAAAGCAGGAAGACGAAGAGGAGGAAGGGAGUUUUACAAGCAGGCCGCCACAGACUCAAAGCAGCCUGUACUUGCCUGCUAUGAGCGGCAGCACCGGGGAGGAAAGAGGGAAGGACAGAGGGAGCAGCGCCAUGUAUCCCAGCACCUCCCCUGGAUCCUCCUCUGACCCCAUGCAGGACUCCCCCAGCCUACCUGCGUCUCCUCGUUCCAGCUUGCCUCUCUCCAGCUCCACCCCACCUCACCGGGAGGACACGGCUUACAAAAACGUUCAGAAAAACCGAGAUGAAGGACUCCCUGCAUAUGCAACCAAAGACAGCUGCAUUUCGGCAGAAGAAAACAAAGAGCAGAGAAGUUUCUUUGUGCCUGAAAGUGAGGCUUCAGCACCAGACUACUGGAGAGAGUGUUCAGGUGAUCAGAGCAGAGGUGCUGCCUCUCCUGUACCGCUGAAGAAAGACGUUGAGAACAUGGAGAAAGAAGAGCUUCAGAAGGUCCUUCUGGAGCAGAUCGACUUCCGGAGGAGACUGGAACAAGAGUUUCAUGCUCUGAAGGGCACCUCACCAUUUCCUGUCUUUCACAAUUUUCAAGACCAGAUGAAACGAGAGCUCACCUACAGAGAAGAAAUGGUCCAUCAGCUACAGAUGAUUCCCUAUGCAAAUAUCAUUAGAAAAGAAAAGAUCAGCUCCCAUCUCAGCAAGUAACAGGCUGAGUCGAGUUGGUACUAUUCAGAAGAGAAAGCUGCAACACAAAAACCACAAGACAAACGCACGGACAAAACUCCAACAGAAAGGAACAGGAAGCGUUUGUGUACCUUGAAGGGUCUUGUGUUUUUUAGCUCAUAGGACAGCUAACUGUCUGGUUGCUUCUUGAGUACCAUGUCUUCUCACUUGGACCACUUCAUAUUGUACCAGCGUAUUGGUGAAGAAAUCACCAAUGCAUUCUGAUUUUUGCCCUUGGGUCAAUUAAAAACUGGUGACAUGGGGGGGAUGGAGCACUUUUUGGUUUUUCAUCAUUUCUCCGCUGUCAGAGUCCAAGCUUUAUUCAACCAGGACCAAAGCAAACAUGACUAUUAUUAGCCUUCUUGAACCUCCCAGAGCUGAUAAGGGCCACCUUAAAGGACACUGUAGAUACCAGGAAGCUGAAAAUGAGAGGAGAUGAGUUUAAAAGGACCAAGUGUUAAUACCUGAAGCUCUACUAUCACCACAGAGACGUCCAGAAGAGGAAGGACCUUUUUAUUUAUUAUCAACAUCUGACCCCAAUAGGAUUCUUCCCUCCUGAUCUUUUCAUGUUUACACCAACCAUCACCAUUCAUCAGCAUGAUUCAUUACACACAAUUAGACUGAUGUCCGUAACAUGAAUGCAGAAAAGGGCAAAUAAUGUAAAGAAGUUAAAGUUAACACAGUAUUGGUACUAUAAUGAUUGUAAACCCCCAUUAGAAUAAUAACAGUAUUAGAUGAUGUCCUGAGAAAACAGUGUACAGUCCCUAAAACUUCUUCGAAAUGCAAAAAGUAUUAUAUUCACUGCAGAUGUUACUGCAAUGUCAAAACAUCAUGUUUCACAUGUAAUUACUCAUACUGACAAUUUUAUUUCAGCAUUAGCCCAAAACUGUGUAUGUUCCAUGACGGCUUUGUAUUAAUUUAAAAUAUUUUGUUAAAAAGCAAAAAAAAAAAAAACAACAAUUCGUAUAGACCAUCAAAUUCACCUGCUGCCAUAAGCUGAUAGAUGAGACGAUUAAGGCCAAGCGCCUCUUUGUCUCCAUGGAGUGUGUGGCCAAUGCAGAGGAAACUGCAGUCUCUCGUUGUUGUGUAACUAUUUGUAAAUUGCAUCAUCUGACUGCGUAAAAUAAGAACCUUCCCGUUGCUCUAUCUUUAUGUGUUUGUUUGUUUAUUUGAAUAUCAAAUCCUGACUCCCUAAUGAUGAAAAUAAUAUUUAUUAUAACGUUUACGGAAAAGGUAAGCAAGUCGGUGGUGAUGAUGAGGAUGGUGCAUUUUAGUGUACGUUAAAAGGAGUAAAUGACAGCUCCUUCAUCUGGUUUUAAGAAAGGUUUGAUGGAGUUGUCAUCUAUUGAUAGGAUGUUACCAUAAUAAACUGUUAAUGCAGAUGUAUUUCAAAAUGGUCUUGUAGUUUCUAUACUAUUUAUGUGUAAAUUAAAAGUCUAUACAAAAGAAAAA